UUUCCGGAAACUAACAACAAGAUCAUCCAAUCAAACAACAGUUGAAUUUUAAGUCAGGAAAGACAGUUCCUUCUUAUGCUGAACACCACACUAAUAACACACCAACGGAUCUAUAUUGAUCCGCUGUGGAGUUUCCGUUCGACCAACACAAACCUCUCCGCAGAAAUUUAUUUGCUUUUGAACCACAUCUGCCUCUCUUCAACAGCUGUUUCAUGGGCUCCCCGGAGGAAGAGAGAGGUAGGAGCGGAAGGCAACGUUCACUUUUUACGGACGAUAUACUGGGUAGAUGUGGCAAAUGAGCUGCUCGUCAAGUGUCGCAUUGAACAGAAGCUGACUAAACUCACAGACUGUGACGCCCAUGUGUUUAUUAGUCUCUAUGAGAACAUCCUGAGAGAGAAGGUUCCAGAUUAUAUUGCAUCACCACGGAGCCAGGAGGAUGAUGUCCAUAAUGUUCAGUGUGUGAUUGACUCGCUGUCGCUGGAUUAUCUUCAGAUCAGUCUCUCGCAUAUCACAGGAGAAAAUGUCAUCCGGGGAGACAAAGAAUCAAUCAAGAAUCUUUUGGAUAUCUUUGAUGGUCUCUUAGAAUAUCUCAGCGAGGAGAUAAGUGAGGAGUCACAGAAUGAUGGGUCAUCAAAUAGUGGUCUCCAAGCGGAAGGUCUUGGUGAAAGCGAGGCACCAACAACCAGCAAUGCCAUCAAGCAGAUGGACACAAAAAUGGACGAAGGGCAUUUGUCGUCUGAUUGUGGAGCGUCCACUAUGCACUCGAGUAUGAAUUCCCAACAUUCCAUCAACAGUGAGCAGCCUGGAUCACCCAGUGAGGUCAUCGGGCUCGGGGUUUCAGCACGCACGUUCACAGAUCAAAAAGAAGCCUUUGACUCAACAGAAUCAACAGUCCAGCCGUUAACUUCGGAUGCAAUCGUCACCACGGAUGAAGUUGCCACCUCUGGUCCCGCAGAGGAUCUGGUUGCACGACUUUCUGAACUGCCGCACACCGCCAUUGCACUACAGCCACCCACCCAGAGCGAUUCCCCCCACCACACCGACACAGACACGAACUCCAUCGACCGAGACCCAAAUGGUGCUUGCUGUGUCGAAGAGCAACACGACCCUGCCAUCAUCCAGAGAAAGACCUCCAGCACUGAAGCAGAGAGGCCUGUCUGCAACGGCCUGCACUCACCGGCCGUGAGUGAAAUAGAUUCAGCCAGCCAGCAAAGGGCCGAAGUUUCGGGAGAGACACUGCAGCCCACCAAGGGAGGCCCCAGGAAGGUUUUAUUCCACACGCAACCAGAUGUCCUCCUCCUAACGCUCCAGGAUGAGGCGUCAGCCGCCACCCCGAUUCUGCCAGAAACGGAGGAAGUGAAGCAAGAAGAGGAAGACCUGUGUCCUACGACGAGACCACAGGGGGGAAGCCUCCACGAUGAGAAGGAUCUCGGCAGCUGGUCGGAAGACGACGAGGAAGUGGAAGAGGCGGAGGACCUCAAGGAGACUCAUUCUCACUGCAGGAAGAGAAACAGGCGAGCAGAAAAAGAACUGCAUCACAUUUUUGAGAAACUCACCCAUCGAAUUGAUGAACUGGAUCAGAUGCUGAAACGACUUUUGGGCAACAGUGAAGAGCCUGGAGCGUUUGGAGAUAAGGAAGAGGAGUGUGACCUCACUACCGACAUUGAGGCGCGUAAUCGGACCUCCAGACUAUACACUGGAACACCCGAACCCAAAUCAGCCCGUAAGAACUUCUCAUCUUUUUCCUUGCCUGCGCGAGGUCAUCACUACGUGCUGGAGCACUCAAAGGAUGACGACGAAGACGAGGCCGUGAGCCUCUGUGGAGAUGGCCAACACGCAAACAUCCCGACCCGUCCUCUGAUGUGGCAAAGUGAGCCGCCGCGCCGUACAAAACACAAAAAGACUGUGGUGAAUCAAGCUUACGAGGCGGAAUUGAUGAAAUUAGAAGGGAAAAAACGAGUUGAUCUUGACAAGGAACGGCACGAAGCUCAGGAGGCUGAGCGAGAGUACAGAGAGGCCAUACUCAAUGACUUUCCCAAGGCGCCCACAACGAUUCCAUGGACAAACAAGUCCCAGCCGAAGGUCCACACACAAAGCACCUCAGGACGACUACGAACACCCAAGAAAACUCCACCACUUAAAAUGAAGGAGAAUGAGCUCCUGCCCGUGCUCCUGGAGGAGCUGCCGUUCCUGCAUAUCUCUUCGCAAGACCUGGGCCGCAUGUGGCAGCAGCAGAAGCAGCAGGUGGAGCGAAUCCGCGCCCAAGCUGUCGCUCAGAAGCAGCGGCGCAGCCGAUUCUCCCAAGAGUUUGAAGAAGCUCAGAGGAAGCACGACCUGCUGGCGGGAAUGGUCCGCAAACAGCAGGAGCACAGCAGACGUCUGAGAGACUUUAAAGAGCACAGCCAGCAGCAGAAGUCCACCCAGAGCCGACUGAAAGAACAGCGGCAGCAGAUUGCUCGGGCCAGGAAGUACCACCACGACUACCACGUCCAGCACCGGGCUCGCCUCAUGAAGGCUCGCAUCAAUGAGGAAAAGAUGUUUCGGCAACUCUUUGAAGAGGGUUUGGAGGUGCAGAAAGCCUGUCUGAGGGAGCAGAGAGCCUUCGCCACGGAGCAAAGGCUUGAGCACCAGAAACGACAACGGGACCAUAUCGAAUCUAUGGAGAACUACUACAAAGAUCAAUUUUCACUGCUGGCUGAGAAACUUGCACAAGAGCGCCAGGAGAUCCAGAUUCGUAAAAAAGCUCAAGAGAAGGUGCUGCUCAAGAUGAAGCGCGAGCUACGUUCCAAGAUGGAGCGUGAGAUCGGCGAGCUGCAGAAGAUCAUCAUCCAGAACGACCAGGACGACCACUUCCAAGAACUGGAGGUCCAGAGGUUACGCAAUCGAGUCCGCAUGGCUUCUUUCCACUGCCGCAACAGCUGUCUGCACUGACCUUUGUCAUGGCUGGAGGAACGAACCCAGAGGCUCGUCCUGACUGCCGCUCAUAUUUGCACAUGAGCAGCACGCUUCCGCAAAACUUGAUGGGGUACGAAAGGAGGAACCUACAUUUGAUGAACUGAAAGCAGUCCGACAAAUUGUAACGAACUGUUCCUUCACUGUGACCUUCUUCUAUUGUAGCUGGUCACCUGUACAAAUGUUCCUUCUUUUGCCAAAUGACCACAACACUGAGUUUUAACUUCUUUUUACUAUGCUAUUAAGUCUUCCUUUAAUGAUCGGUGGUUUAUUUAUUUUUUUAAAUUAAAUUUGGUCUUUUUUUUUUUUGUAAAUACUAAGCAGAUGUUGGUGUGUGUGCUCUAAUCCAUGGGAGAAUAACAAUCAAGUUUUAGGAGCCAAAGCUAAUGGAUUUAUGUCUAACUAUAACAUACUUAAGUGUGAUGAAAGGUGUGGAUGGAGGAGGAAAAUUAACUUCUAAGAAGCUUGUGAUAAUAUCCGAACCACCUGAAAUGACAUGAACAAGACUAAUGCUCUUAAAUUGUGGCUAAGCUCGUCUCCGCUUGAACCAAUAAACCUCACGUUGCUAUGUUCAAACCCUAUCGAACAACACAAAUGCAGAUCUAUGAGUGUGAGUUUAUGUGUACAACAACACAACUGACAAAAACCUACACAUACUUAAUUCUAAACAAUGUGGUACAAUGCUAAACAUACUUAAAACCUAAAAGGAACUGCUAUAACAAGCCCUAAAACAAUCGGCAAUUGCGGAAUGAUGACCCCCCUCAGGGAUUUAUUAAAAUUGAAGUGGGCCCCGAUACGAGAUAAUUCAGUUUUUUUUUUUUUUUUUUUUUUUGGCGAAGGGAAUGAAUUUUGGGGGGAAUGAGCAUGUAUGUAUUUCUGGGUAAUCUAUCAAGUAAAACCUAUUUUCUUUUAGUGUGAAUUUAAAAUCUACAGUUCAAUCUGCAGUCGACGCACUGCCAUUUGUCAAACAGAAGUUUGCACACCUGUGUUCAAAUGCCAGGUUUCCAUUUUUUGAUAUCACAAAGACCCGUGUAUUUGAACUGAACUGUAAAAUUCCGAUUGAGCCCUUAUAUCCUUCAGGGGUUUGUGUUUCAGCAGCAUGACAUUCAUCCGCCUUCAAUUUGUCAAAUGAAACCAAUUCGUCCUCAAAUAAUUAGUAGUGGGGAUCAAUUUCAAAAUGCUGACAAAUAGAAAUGAGUUAUACACGUGCUUGUAUAAAACAUAAUGCUGUCAACAUCCAGACAGCAGUGUUUUAUUGCUCCGCUUUCUGCAAGUUUACAAGAAUUAGUUCCCACCCCUCACCUCUCCGCCAUCCUUUUGAAUAUCUUUGCUUCUUUAUUGUCAAUUACAAGCUCACAGAGCAGCUGAGGUGAAAAACAGAAUAGUUACUGUAACAAUAAAUACAAAAACCGUGGUAAAAUCGGAUGCAGAAUUAAUUGAAAAGGAUGGUUGGUUUUACAGGGGACAAUUUGCCCCCCCCCCCCAAGUGUUCAUUUGCACUAGUAAGCCAGCCAGCAAACAUGGCAAAGCGAACGGAUGAGCUGUGGACAAACGUGCGGCAUAGCGGGAACAUGUGCAUGUGCAUAUACGUGGUCUACAUCAAAAAUCAGUCCAUUCGUAUCUGGUACAUAAAGGAAAGUGUCCAAGUAUACAUGACGUGUGCAAAUAACACUUGCAAUGCAUUUAUAGUUGUGUUAGAGAUAACAU